AGCAACAAUGGAGUUCAACUCCGGAAUAGCAUGUAAUUUGGGAUAUGGAAGCAAGAAAUGUUCGCUAGACAGAGUCACAAGCACCACCCCACUAAUAUUUGGGUCCCACAAAGUGAACCUCACAUAACUAUCGAUAUUUGGGCUCAACAAAGUAAACCUUAUAUAACUAGUUUGUACUCUCUUCAUCUCAAUAUGUAGCAACCACUGCGAAUUUGGACAUAUAGGAUUGGAUCGUCGGUUGCUACGACGGUGGGAGCAGAAGAAAUGACAAGCCAAUUUGUUCUCCUUUGUUUGCUCUGACCUCCCAAUUCACAGCUGGGUCUAUGUAUCACUUAUCAAGUACUACAGUGUAUCAAAAGCUCUCCAAUCUGUGCUGCCUUUAUAUUAGUUCCACCAAGAAGACACAAAUUCCAGCAGAGAUAGUCCGAUAGAGAUUAGCAUGGCGUCGACAGCCGUGUCCCGGCACGUGGUCGCGGUGCCGUACCCGGGCCGCGGCCACAUCAACCCGAUGCUGGCCGCGUGCCGCCUCCUCGCGGCCGCGGACGGCGAGCUCACCGUCACCGUCGUCGUCACGGAGGAGUGGCACGGGCUGCUGGCCUCCGCCGGUGUGCCCGCCACGCUGCCGCCGGCGGGCCGCGUCCGCCUCGCCACCAUCCCCAACGUCAUCCCCUCCGAGCACGGCCGCGGCGCCGACCCCGCCGGCUUCUUCGAGGCCGUGGACGCCAAGAUGGGGGUGGCCGUCGAGCAGCUGCUCGACCGGCUGGAGCGGAGGCCCGACGCGAUCGUGGCCGACACCUACCUGGCGUGGGGCGUGCCGGCCGGCGCGGCGCGCGGGAUCCCGGUGUGCUCGCUGUGGACCAUGGCGGCCACGUUCUUCUGGGCGCUCUACAACAUCCACCUCUGGCCGCCGGUGGAUGACCGGGAGGGCGAGCAAGACCUAAGCCGCAAGUCCUUGGAGCAAUAUGUCCCAGGCUGCUCAUCAGUCAGGCUCUCUGACGUCAAGAUCUUCCGGUCUUGGGAACGGUCAAUGAAGCUGACAACGGAGGCGUUCGUCAACGUGCGUAAAGCGCAGUGUGUCCUCUUCACUUCCUUCUACGAGCUCGAACCCUGCGCCAUGGACAGAAUCACGCAGGCGGUUCCGUUCCCGGUGUACCCAGUCGGACCUUCAAUCUCGGACAUGCCGCUGGACGGCGGCGCCGGCAAGAUCGACGACGAGGAGCACCGUGCCUGGCUGGACGCGCAGCCGGAGCGCUCCGUGCUGUACGUCUCGUUCGGCAGCGUCGUCUCCAUGUGGCCGUCGCAGCUGGAGGAGGUCGCCGUGGCGCUGCGCGACAGCGCGGUCAGGUUCUUCUGGGUGGCCAGGGACAGCGCCAGCGCCGGUGACCUGCGACGGAUCGCCGGCGGCAACGGGUUGGUGGUGCCGUGGUGCGACCAGCUGGGCGUGCUGUGCCACCGCUCCGUCGGCGGCUUCCUCAGCCACUGCGGGUGGAACUCGCUGCUCGAGGCCGUGUUCGCCGGCGUGCCGCUGCUCGCGCUCCCCGUCGUCUGGGAUCAGGUGGUGGACGCCCGCGUCGUGGCCGACGAGUGGAGGAUCGGCGUCAACCUGUCGGAGCAGAGGAGGGAGGAGGACGACGGCGGCGGCGUCGUCGUCGGCAGGGACGCGAUCCGUGCCGCCGCGGCGAGGCUGAUGGAUCCGGACGACGGCGAGAGCCGAGAGAUGAGGAGGAGGGCCGCGCUGCUGCGCGAGGCUUGCCGUGGCGCCGUGCAGGACGGACCGGACGGUGGCUCGUCGCGCCGCUCGUUGAACGGAUUCGUGAAAGAUCUCGCCGACGGGAGACUUAAUUUCCAGUGAGAGAACAGCGUGAAUUAAACCAAAAAAGUAAAUAAAUGUACUAGCGUGAAUGCUUGUUGUGUAUCAGUAUCCACGUGGAGAAUAAUGGAAGAGAAAAUUUUACUUUAGGUAAUCUGUUGUACGAGGCAAACAUCAUCCCUGUUCUAUCGAAACACUCUCUUAGAUUACCAGCCUAAGAGGCUUUUACUUAUGGCA